AUGGUUCUUCCAUCUAUUACCCUAUUAGGCUGCAAUCCAAUGGAAGAAAUGCUCUCUAUGACAAGUGUCGGCUCAGCUUUUAAGCCCUACUAUCGCCCUGAUCAGCUGUUGGUAGCCAUGCCGGAGACCAAGCCACUUAGGAAAUUAUACUCCGAUCCCGAACCAGCCGCUUCGAGUCCAGGUGAGAAUAAUGGCGGAAGCAAAGGUCGACGGAAAAGGACCACAUUCACUCAACAACAGGCUGCUAUUUUGGAAAGGGUUUUUAAUUCAUGGUUUCUGAUCUGUAAGAACGGAUAUUAUUUCAGGAGUACCUCACGGAGCGGUACAUGGUCCGUGACAAGAGAACACAGUUGGCUGAUUCGCUUAGGACUCUCGGAGGCUCAGGUGAAGACGUGGUUCCAGAAUCGACGAGCGAAGGACAAGAGGGAGAAGAAAACCGACAGUCCACAAAGAAGUCCGUCCGAUUCUGCGAAUGUGUCUGUAGCGGACGAUUCCGUUCUAGAAAAUAGCCUGUCAUCGUCGUUGAUGUCACCGUCGCCAUCUGUCGAGCCUGCAGCGACCGUCGCGACUCCCACGCCACCAUCUCAAGUGAAGCAGGAGACCUCGCCGAUGCUGCAAAAUCAUCAAGUGCUCACGGGACUUCUCCAAGGACGGCCUUUACCGGAAUAUCCACAGUACUUCGUGAAUUUGGGACUGCCCCACACGGAACCGCCCGCUUUUCUUCCCAAUCCUGUGAUCAAAUCCGAGAUCGCUUGUGGGGAGAACACCGUGAAAGACAUCUACAAAAUGCCCACAAACAUCUACGAACAGGGUUUCCCGUCAAUUUACACUCACAUUCCUUUCGGUUUUAGCCCAGUCACUUCAUCCAACAGCCCAGGUUAUGUCCCUGAACCGUUGGCACCGAUUGCCAAUGAUGACACCUUGGCUGCCGAACACACUCAGCUCACUGCUCUAUAA